AUGGGGAAGCUAUGGUUAUUAUUUCUCUUCUUAAUUUUUGCAACCACAAACUUGUGUUUUGGUUGUUUGGAAGAAGAGAGGCAAGCUCUUCUCCAAUUCAAACAUAGCCUUGCACCCAAACCUUCUGGUAGACUAUCAUCAUGGAAAGGAAACAAGUGUUGUGAGUGGCAAGGCAUCGGAUGCGAUAAUGCAACCGGACAUGUUACCAUGCUUGAUCUCGGAAGCAAUAUUUCCAGUUCUUACAUGCAAUUAGAGGGAAACGAGUUGAAUUCGAAUUUGGUCGAGUUGACUCAUUUGAGUUACAUGGACUUGAGUGGGGUCCUUUUUCGCAGCAUCCCGAUUCCGGACUUCAUCGGGUCGAUGACACAACUCAGAUAUCUGUAUCUUUAUUUCGCAGGAUUUUCUGGCAUCAUUCCUCAUGGAAUUGGAAAUCUGUCGAGUUUGCGGGAAUUAGAUCUUUCUGGAAACCAAUUGACAGGUUCGAUUCCAACAUCUUUUGGAAACCUGGUGAUGCUUCGGAAACUAGAUUUAUCUCUGAACCUGUUAAACGGUCCGAUUCCAUUCUCCCUUGGACGACUAUCGAAUCUAGAAAUCUUGUAUCUCAACUCCAAUUCAUUGUCUGAGAUUCCGUUGUCGAUAGGAAACCUCUCACAACUCCAGUUUCUCGAUUUAUCAAAAAACCUAUUACAAAUCCCUCUUCCGGAUACCAUCGGACAGCUUUCUAAACUUGAAUUUCUCGAUAUAUCCAACACUUCUUUAUCGGGUGUAAUCACCGAAGCCCAUUUUGCCAACACAUCAAUGUUAAAACACUUGGAUGCAAGGUGGAACCAUAUGUUGAGCUUCACGAUUUCAUCUGAUUGGAACCCUCCUUUCCAAAUUAGAAACAUUCUACUCGAAUCUUGCAAAAUCGAAUCAGAAUUUCCAUCAUGGAUUCGAAUGCAACGGAGUCUUGUGAUUCUAAACCUUUCUAAUACUAGCAUUUUUGGAGCUCUUCCAGUUUGGCUUCGCGACCUCCCUAUCAUCAUGAUCCUUGAUCUCUCCCACAACUUUCUCAAUGGUCCGUUGACAAACCUUCCAUCCAACCGAACAACCGAGUCCUUUACAACUUUUCCCUUUACCGAACGCUUAGUAGGUUAUGGGAGAGGAUCCGCAUUGUUGGUUCUUAGGAACAACCUCUUCAACGGAUCGAUUCCAGAUUCAUUGUGUUAUGCUACAAAGAUCUAUGUUCUAGAUCUUUCUAAAAAUAUGCUAUCCGGGACCCUUCCUGAUUGUAUCGGAGAUCUCCUUGAACUGAAUUGUAUUGUAUUAAGCUCCAACCGGCUAUCGGGUGUCAUUCCAAGCUCUUUAGGCAAUCUUGGUUCUUCACUAAAUUGGUUACAACUAAACAACAAUAGCUUCCAUGGCGAACUUCCAGAAACUCUAGCAAACUGCACAGAUUUGGAUCUGUUGGAUUUGGGUGAAAACCAAUUCUCUGGAAGCAUUCCAAAAUGGUUGGGUGAAAAGGUCAUGUUUAUGAGAGUUCUCAGGCUACAUAAAAACAACUUCACAGGUCCAAUUCCUUUAGAGCUGUGUGAAAGCAGUGAACUUCAAAUCAUGGAUCUUGGAGACAACAACUUAACAGGAACGAUCCCUUUCUGUUUCCAGAAGUUGAGUGGAAUGACCGGAGGCUACUCUGACAUGGAUUUUUUAGGCAGAUUCGAGCAGAGUUUGACUCAGGUAAUGAAAGGAGUUGCACUCGAGUAUACAACGAAGAUAAAAUACAUCGUGAACAUGGACCUUUCAAGCAAUAAACUGGUAGGGGAAAUACCCAAGGAAUUGGUACUUCUUGCAGGAUUGGUUGGUCUUAACCUCUCAAACAAUCACCUCACGGGUCGCAUUCCAGAUAGAAUUGGUGAUAUGAAAUCAUUAUUCUCUCUUGAUCUUUCUGUCAACAGUCUUUCAGGGAUGAUCCCACAGAGUAUGUCUGCAUUGACAUCUCUUAGCCAGCUGAAUUUGUCACACAACAAGUUAUCAGGGCAAAUUCCAACAGGAAGUCAGCUCCAGACACUCAUUGAUCCAUCCAUAUACGCAGCCAAUAACCAACUUUGUGGAAGUCCGCUACCUACCAGUUGCAAACAUGAUCAAGUCCUGGAAGUUGGAAGAAACACCGAGGAAGAUGAAGAUGAUGAUGGUUUUGAAAUGAUGUGGAUUUACGGUGUAACGAGCGGUUUCACAACGGGGUUUAUGGGUAUUUUGGGAAUUUUGGUGCUUAAGAAUAGAUGGAGACAUGCUUUCUUCAAUUUUGUGGGAGGCUACAUCGGAAAGAAACUAUGA